AUGGGGCUUUUUUUGGCCCCUCCGGUGCCCUCAAUCUGUCUGAUGGUCACUUGGGGUCGUUUGACUGGGCCGGCCAUGACCCUCGGCCUGCUGGGUGGCGUUGCCGGGGGCCUGAGCUCGUGGCUCGUCUACACGGCCUAUUUCGAUACCGGAUACAAGAAUUUCUUCGAUAACUCAGGUCGACCGACUGUGCUGUUGCGACACUCAUAA